GUAAGAAUAAAACGAUUCGCUUCGCACUUUGAUCGGAGUAUCUGAACAGCUUAUGCGUCGCACAGGCGUCUGCAGCUGGCGUUCUGUAUCUUAAUCUCACACCACAGAGCUCUAAAGACCAGUUGCGCGUGUUUGGUGUUACAAAAUGGCGAUGAUGCGGGAGCAAGAUUUCAACCGAACUGCUCUGACCGUUCAACGCAGUCAGGCCUGGUACACCGGACAGCGGGCCGAAAGAAUUCCUCACGGUCUGAUCGGGUUGGUCGGAGCCGAUUGCUCGAGUCUCGAUCUUUCCUACAACAAUCUCGUGUCGCUCACCGCUCUCAAGGAAUUUGCUAACCUGGAAGAGCUCGUCUUGGAUAACAACUGUCUUUGUGAUCUGAACACUCUACCGCGCAUGCCUAAGCUGACAACUUUAAGCGUAAACAACAACAAGGUGACCGACAUCGAGAGAGCCUUGGACCGAAUAAAGGAGUGCUGCCCGUGUCUGAAGUACGCGAGCCUCCUCGGCAAUCCCGGAUGUCCGGACCAGCUGACCAAUCCAACGACGACCGACGAGGAGGACUACGAGCGUUAUCGUCGCUACGCUGUCCACGUGCUUCCGGCGACGUUGCGGUUCCUGGACUCGCGUCCGAUUUCCUCCAGGGAACGUCAAGAGGCGAGGGAGCGGGGCAGCCUGAUGAGAAUGGUUAGGGUAAACCUGCCGAACUUAUCCUCCCUUACGGCGGAAGAAUUCGCCAGGGCGCUUGAUCACAAACGGCACAACUCGAUAUCCGUAGAAGAGCCCGAUUACACGCCGCUGCCGGAUUCGAUGCGAGGACCGCUGGACGUGAGAAGCGCUUACGGAAAAUCCAGAUAUCGUUACUCGGGGAAGAAUUCCGAAGGGAAUCGCUUCAUCAGCAACAGCGAUCUUUAACACUAUUUGUUCACUGUCAAAUUUUUGAAUAUACACACAUGAUAAAGGAUUCGUCGAAUUUAUCUAUCACGAUCGUUAAAUAUCAAAUGCUGUUUUUUUUUUUUUUUAGUUUAAUCAAAGCCAUUUCCAUCGAUUCAACAAAAAAGUUAUCGCACCGAUAAUUCGGAGAACUGAGUAAAUCCGCAUUUAUUUAAAUCGACAAACUAUUUCUCUCGCCAUAUUUGGUAACUGCGAUAAGUUUUUUUUCAAUUCCAUUCGUGUACAGAAGUUCACGGAUCCUUCUUCGCAAUCCUCAAAUGCAACGACUGAUUCUCAUUUUUUCAAUACUACAUUCAUAGAUUAUUAUACUGAGAAGUGUAUCACAUAUUUUUUAAUAAUCCAUAAAUUUCAUAUCAAGUUAUCGUUACUUAUCGUUCUUACCCCUACAAUAAUGUUUGAUAUAUUUAUAUACCGGAUAUAAUAAUUUACGUUGAUUCGUAUGACGAAUAUUAUUUUAAAUGAUAUAAAAGUUUUUUUCUUUAUUUUCAUGUAUACAUUCGCGAAUAUAUACAUAUGUAUGUAUAUAUAAUAUUAUCGAUAUUAUGUAUGUAUAAAUAGAACAUCAAUUCCAUAUUUUAUAUCAAUGAUUAAUUGGGAUAUGCGUUUUGUUAUUGUUAUACAUAGUACACAAGGACCAAUGACGACUCAUGUAUCUAUAUUGUAUGUAACGUAUGGUAAAGUAUACGGACCGUUUAUCCUAAAAUUAUUGCAACAUUUCUUUCGGGUGUAUGUAUGCUUGUAUAUAAUAAAUUCACUUCGUCGAUAGAAAUUUGAGAAUGAAUUUAUUCCAUUCGUCAAAUAUACGUAUAUAGUGAGAGCUACGUUGUACGAUGAUAUUAUGUUAUAUAAUACGAUUUAUAAGACGGAAUUUCGUCCCCUGGUCGACCAUCCUGUUUUUUUUUUUUUUAUUUUUCUUUUUGUUUCGUCUUUUUAACCAAUAAAUCUUCACGCACAAUUGAUCGGCUGCGCUUGUAAAAGCCUUUUCGUGAAAAAUUCAACGCCGAGUAUCACACGCAAGCUUAUAAUUGACAACCAUCACUAUAUUAUAAUAUUGUAUUAAUACAAGACAUAAUAAUUUUAUAAUAUACAUAUUUGUAAUUUUUUUUUUUUAUCUGUAUAUAUAAAUUAGUUCUAUAACCAACUAGUUAUGGAAUAUGUAGGACAAAAACGUAUUGUGUAAUAAUAAUUCAAGGAGCUACUGAAAUCAGGCUAGUUUGUGUAUAAAAAACAAAAAAUAAACGAAAAAAAAACUACAGAAAAUACACCCACGUAAUUUAAAUCGUUAACGAUCAUCGCACGACGACUCGCGAAGAAGACUUGACUUAACGUAUUUUAAGUACGAAUUAAUAGCUCAGCCUUAUCAUUCAUUUGUCUUUCAUCGAGGAUCUUAUUAUUAUUAUUAUUAUUAUUAUUAUUAUAUAAUUAUAUUAUACGGUUUAAUAUCAAACUUACAAAUAUAUAUGUAUGUGUGCAUUUGUGUAAUUAAUAUUACCUAAUGUGGAAAUCUGGUGUAUUUAAACUUGUUAAAUGCACCGUUCCUCAUAUUCCGCAACGUGUAUACGUAAAAACAGCAUACCAAAUACAUACAUCCAAAUUGGCAUCUGCAUUCGUCAUACGAAAAUCAUAUUUUCACAACUAUUAUUAUAUUAUUAUAUUAUUAUCAUCUAUCCGUUACACAUCAAACUUGCGUGUGUAUAUAUAUAUAUUUAUCUAUAAUAACACAAUAAUAUAAUAUAAUAUAAUAUGGAAGCAUAUGUUUUUCUCACCGGGAGAAAAAUACCUUCAUCAUAAUUAACGAAACAUUUUUAGCUUCUUCUUAACGUUUUUUUUCCGCUCGUCGUCGGACAAAGAACGCGAAAGAACAAUAAAGAAAGAGAGAAAUGAAAUAACGGCUGUUAUGUUUAUUCGUUGUUAUAUAUACAAUAAAUACAUAUAACAACGUGAUCGUAUAGGCGUCCGCAUAGGCACAUAAAUGUCAUUAUUACAUGCCUUUAUUUAUACAUUGUAAUUGUAUUGGUUAUCGAUUAUAAAUUGCGUCCCAUUGUUUCUCCUGGUUUCUUCUUCGUUUUCAAUAACCGUAACCUUAUUUAUAAUAAUCGAAGUAUAAAUACGCCGCGAGAUGCCGGCAGGAGGGACGUUUGUAUACGAUUCAUUGUAAAUAUGUAAUAUAUUAACGCACUUUCCACGUAUAAAGUUCAAUCGAUCUUCACACAUGCAUUUGCGUAUGUACGUCGCACUUGUAAUUACGUCUCGUCCGCAUUAUCGCGCGUUUUUCGCUUGUGCGCUUGGAUAUUGCCUGGACGAAUCGGUUACAUUUUUCAGGGACGUUACGUUCAGUCUGCAAUUCGAGUUUUUCUUUCUUGCGAUAAUUUUUUUUAUCAGAAAACGUC